AGCCAGAAGUUCGACUUAUUUUUUGAAAGGACUGGAGAAAUUAUUAACCACAGUUGAUGACGUCAGAGUUGAUCUGAUUAAAGGUUUGUUUUCUUGCUGGCAGAGGUGUGCUCCGUAGAGACUGGUUCUCUCUUCUUUUUCUUUUAAGUUUCUUUUUUGAACAGCAAACGGAGGGAACUGCUCGCACUGCUGCUGCUGCCGCUGCUCCAGCUGCGUGUGUGUGUGUGUAAACAGGAUGGUGUAUCUGUAGCUGCCACACGCAAACACACAUUUGACCAUGAGGACUCUUCGCAGGUUGAAGUUCAUGAGUUCGCCCAGCCUCAGUGAUCUGGGCAAGAGAGAGCAGGCAGCCUUGGAUGAGCGGGGGACCCAGCAGCGCCGGGCCUGCUCCAACGCUACCUGGAACAGUAUCCACAAUGGAGUGAUAGCGGUAUUCCAGCGUAAGGGUCUCCCAGACCAUGAACUUUACAACCUCAAUGAAGGAGUCAGGCAAUUACUGAAAACAGAACUGGGAUCAUUUUUCACUGAGUAUCUGCAGAAUCAACUGCUCACAAAAGGCAUGGUGAUCCUAAGGGACAAGAUCCGGUUUUAUGAAGGGCAGAAACUACUGGAUACCUUAGCUGAAACCUGGGAUUUUUUCUUCAGUGAUGUCCUGCCCAUGCUGCAAGCUAUUUUCUAUCCUGUGCAGGGAAAGGAACCCUCGGUUCGGCAAUUGGCUCUUCUGCAUUUUAGGAAUAUAAUUACCCUCAAUAUAAAAUUGGAAGAUGCAUUAUCCCGUUCCAGAGCCAGAGUUCCACCAUCUAUUAUUCAGAUGCUGUUAAUACUUCAGGGGGUUCAUGAGUCAAAAGGUGUGACUGAAGACUAUUUGAAACUGGAAUCCCUGAUCCAGAAAGUUGUUUCUCCUUACUUGGGCACGUAUGGUUUGUAUUCCAGUGACGGACCCUUCACGCACUCUGCCUGUAUUUUGGAGAAGCGGUUCUUCAGACGUUCCAAGUCGGGUGACAUCCUUGCCAAGAAUCCUGUGGUGAGAUCAAAGAGCUACAACAAUCCACUACUGACACCAGUGGCUGAGUAUGAAACUGAGAGCAUAGCUGCCAACGGAACCGGCAUCCGAAGGCACUCUGUCUCAGAAAUGACCUCCUGCCUGGAGCUCCAGGGGUACUCCAACCUCACCACCAUCAUGGACAGCGGUUCCAAAAGCUCCAUGACAACAAUGAAAAGCUCACUGCCAGGGGACCAGGAGAGGCCCAGCACUGGGUCAGUGCAGUGCUCCAGCAAGCUCAGCACAGCUGAGCAACAGAAAGGACUCUUCCACUCAGUUGGCAACCCACACAGGUCUUUUGAGCUAGACAGAGACACUUCCUUACUUCCAGUUCCCUCUUCCAGUCCUGAGAACAUAGUGGAUCAGAUUUUGGAGUCGAUCGACUCUGAUUCUGAAGGCAUUUUCAUUGAUUUUGGCCGAGGCUGUUCCAAUUCAUCAGCAUACGAUGUGGAUGUGAACAGACAGAGCAUUGUAUGAAGGAUAUUAGGAGACAAACUGUGGGGUUUAGUAUUAUAUAUGAAAGUUACUAAGGAAGUGAGUUGGACUAUGAGCAAGCUGUCGAUGCCUGGGCAGAACCUUGGCCAGGCCAUCAUAGCUGUACUGAACAAAUACAAGUUUAUAUCAGGUGGGAAUCUGCUGAGGGGAAAGCAACUCCAACCACUUUUCCCUAUCCCUGCAGAUGGAGUUCCUAUUUCUUUAUAAACUUUGGGGUUCACAAAUUCACAAGUGUCUGGUAAGACGCUAUUAGUCCAGCUCACAGUGUUUGUUCAGGAAAACAGCUCAGCAAACAGCUGUACUCACUUCUAAUUUUCUAAAGAGAUUUCCUGCAGAUGAUGGGUUGUUCUCUGAGCUGUAACACCUCAGCCAGAGUAGAAACAUAUCCUUUUAAAAACAAACAAACAAAUACAAAAGACUGUGGUCUUUCAUGCCACAGAAUACGAUAAAGAAGUUUCUUUUAAUCUUUUUCUUGUACAUCCUGUAUGCACUCCUUUGCCUAAUGGUGAGUUAGAGUUCUUGAAGAAAGGCAAAUAAACAGAAAUAUGCUUCCUGAUGUCA